AUGGAGAUCGCGGUUGACGUUAUUUGGGUAAGGUGGUCGGCACUGCCAAGUCUUGCUCAUGAGCAGAAUGAAAGGUUAGCAUGUUUAUUUUUUAAGUGUCCUAAAGUAGAAAAUUUUUUUAGUUUUUCGUUUUUUAGUUUUUUUAGUUUCCUCUUGGCGAGUUGGCUCGAUAAACCGCUAAGCAAGUCAGCAUGAUCAGCAUCAAUUGAUGGGGUAAGAUUUUUAUUUAUUUUCCAACUUUAUCGUGAUGUCUUUUUCCAGAUAAUUGCCAAAAGUUUUUCAAACGUGCCGAAAAAACUAGAAGAGAAAAUAGUUUUUCGAAGGUUAUUUCUUGAGGUUCGCUUUUGAUCCCACCUUUGGACUUCAAAUUUUCUGUUGCAGAUUAUGAAAGACGCGCAUCGAAAAGGGAAAGCUUCAAGUCUUAUACAACGCCGCAUGUCUUCAUUUACCAAAAGAAUCUCGCAGCGACUCUUUUAA